UCAGUAUUAACACUAAGAGGACAUGUUCAUUUCGCGCCUUAUCUACAGCUAUUGUCUCAAGUACUCCUUAUCUUCGUACCAGGUCUCAAAAUGCCACCGCGGUGGUACUUUAUUGUUGCUGUCUUUUUUGGCUUCACUGCAGUUGUAGUGUUUGGCCUUGACUGUACUGGCAAGCCCAACGGAAUCUAUGAGUACUCCUGUUUCUACUAUCUGGUGUGUUUGCGAGGUGUGGCUGUGAGAAUACGGUGCAAUAGUACUGAAGUAUUUGACCCCGACCACCAGCGCUGCAUUCGUCCGGGCGCUGGCUAUUGGCCGUGCACGGAUGUGAAGAACUGCGACAAGUUGGCCAACAACAGGUACCCUGACUUCCAGACUGGCUGCCACACAUACUACACGUGUCACAACGGCUACUACUACGGGCACAACUUCUGCCCCGAAGGUUUAGUGUACGACCCUGACGGGCAGGUCUGUAACUGGCCUGCCAAUGUGAUCCCUCCGUGUGGCACCAAUGGAUACGUUGUUGGCUGACUGUGUAUUUUACCUGCCUGAUCAGUAUCACGGGAAUAAAGCGUUUCAGUCAUAUUCAAA